UCGUCCUCAGCUCAAGCGUCUACAGCAUGGUCAAGAUCAAAUCCCGAUCCGAGGAGAUCGGUGGGGCCCUCACCCCCACCGAUCAGGUGCUCUUCAGCCGGCACAUGCUCGAGGCCUCUCUCAUGGGUUAUGGGCUACUUCUCGCUGUGAUAAUUGACCGGCUACAUCACUACAUGAGAGAGCUCCGAGGAUUGAGGAAAAGCAUGGAGGCUGUAAUGAAAACAAACAGAUCACUCGAAGAAGCAAGAAGUGGGGGCCCAGAUGAUAUUAAAGCAAAAGACAAAGAAAUUGCUAGCCUGAACGAACAAAUAAAGGCACUGAAAUCUGAAACCGACGCAAGGGUGAAGGAGGCAAAGGCUGCAGAAGCUAAUGCAACUGCUCUAAAGAAACAAUCUGAAGGGUUUGUUCUUGAGUACGAUCGAUUGAUGGAGGAGAACCAGAACCUUCGCAACCAGUUGAAGUCAAUUGAUCGUAAGUUGUCACAUUCUGAUGACAAGAAGACCACUUGAGUCUUGGUUUGAGUAGAGAGAACUUGGUUUGUGUCUGAAUACUUUCGUAUCGGUUGAGUAAAAUAGAGUCAGGAUGCAUUAAUCAUUACUAUACCAAAAGUAACUCAUCGUUUUGAGUGUUUGUUUACAGAUGGAUAAGGAGAUCGGUAUGGAUCAACUGACUCACAAAACUGAGUAUCGAUGCUUUUUGUGCCAUUUUAGAUCUCCAAAUGUAUAAUUUGUAAGUGAAACUUUUGAUGUUUUUUCUUGUUUUUUAACUGUGGGGAUCUCUCUUUAUUUCUCUAUAUUUUCUGUUUUAAUUGGAUGAAAGUAGAUUUGAUGCUUUUUGUUUAUC